AUGGGCAUGAAAGUGAACCAUAAAAAUUAUCAACUGAAGUUGAUAGAUCACGUCUAUAAUCAAAUUCCAGCUUUUACGGAUAUUUUCACUGAAGAAACGUUUUACAUGACUGUGGUGGCCGUUGUUAUAAGCACCAUAGUGGUAGUAGUUAUAGUUUCACGCUAUGUUACCCUUAAACCUGUAGACUAACUCGUAAUAAAUGUUUUUUUUAUUAA